AUGCUUGCAGAAAAUGAAAUGCCUGGAUUGAUGGCUCUUAGGGCAAAAUAUGGGCAUAUGAAACCUUUGAAAGGUGCUCAAAUAGCAGGUUGUUUACAUAUGACCAUUCAAACAGCUGUACUUAUUGAAACUUUGGUAGAACUUGGUGCUCAGGUACGUUGGGCUAGUUGUAAUAUUUUUAGUACCCAGGAUCAUGCUGCUGCUGCUAUAGCUCAAAAAGGUAUUCCAGUGUUUGCUUGGAAAGGAGAAACAGAUGAAGAGUAUUUAUGGUGCAUAGAACAAACUCUUAUUUUUUCCGAUGGGUCUCCUUUAAACAUGAUUUUAGACGAUGGAGGAGAUUUAACUAAUUUAGUUCAUUCAAAAUAUUCUCACUUACUGUCCGGAAUCAAAGGAAUAUCAGAGCAAACAACCACAGGAGUUCAUAAUUUGUAUAAAAUGUUUAAAAAAAAUAUUUUAAAAGUACCUGCCAUUAAUGUCAAUGAUUCAGUUACCAAGAGCAAAUUUGAUAAUCUAUAUGGAUGUAGAGAAUCAUUAAUUGACGGCAUUAAAAGAGCCACAGAUGUAAUGUUAGCAGGGAAAGUAUGUGUUGUUGCAGGUUUUGGAGAUGUGGGCAAAGGAUGUGCUGCAUCACUUAGAGCUUUUGGUGGACGUGUUUUAAUUACAGAAAUAGAUCCCAUCAAUGCUCUGCAAGCAGCUAUGGAAGGAUAUGAGGUAACAACAAUGGAAGAAGCAGCUAAAGAAGGGCAAGUUUUUGUUACAACUACCGGUUGUAAAGAUGUAAUAGUCGGUAGACAUUUUUUAGAAAUGAAAAACGAUUCUAUACUGUGUAACAUUGGACAUUUCGACUGUGAAAUUGAUGUGAAUUGGUUGGAAAAAAAUUCAGUUGAAAAAAUGAACAUAAAACCUUUAGUAGAUCGUUAUAAACUUUCUUCUGGACGCAACGUUAUUCUUUUAUGUGAAGGAAGAUUGGUCAAUCUCGGAUGCGCAAUGGGUCAUUCUUCUUUUGUUUUAAGUAAUUCAUUUUCUAAUCAGGUCUUGGCUCAAAUGGCUCUUUGGACGCAACCACAAAAUUAUCCAAUCGGCGUUCAUAUAUUACCAAAAAAAUUGGAUGAAGAAGUUGCAGCAUUACAUCUGGAUCAUCUGAGUGUUAAAUUAACAAAACUUACGCCAGAACAAGCAGAAUAUCUUGGAUUGGAUGUUGAUGGUCCUUUCAAACCUGCUCAUUAUCGCUAUUAA